UAUGACGACGUUUAAAUAACAGGAGUUUUUGGCAAGUGUCACAGGCCUUGAGUGAACCAGCGUCCAAUGAAUUACAGUAAUGCUGUAUAUGUUUUGACUGUGUCUGACUGUGGAUUUGUCCCAAAUGGUACCUUAUUCCUUAUAUAGUGCACUACUUUUGACCAGGGCCCACAAAGCCAUUUUGGACGCAUCCUGUGUGAAGCGUCAGCCUGCUGAGAGCUGUGUUUAUGAACUCUGGAGAGAUGAGAACAAUUAGACUUGAACUGGAUCACAGAGCCUGCUGGGGACAUGGGAUUUAGGACAGAUGGCUGGGUCUCAUUACUCUAAACUAAAGAGUCUUCCUUUCCUUGCCUCCUCUCCUUCAUUUGCACUGAUCUGAAAACAGAUGGUGAAAGCAGUAUGGCGCAUGUCUAUUGGGUGUCAGCUUCCACCUGUCUUGUUCUGUCAGAUCAGAGCAGAUGAAGGAAAGAAGACGAGGAGAAAAAGCCACUUUAGACUAUUGAGAUGCAGCCAUCUACACUGACUCCUCCUUGGCAAUUGGGUUCACUAACAAGUACUGCAUUAAUGUUGUGGAAACAUCUUGUUAAACAUCUUCAUAAUGGAUGCAGACUUCUUGUUACAGAUUUGUCUUGUAAGCAGAGGGUGCGUGGGAUUUCCUUUGUCGGUGAAACUGUCCCUAAAUGUGUGGGAUUUUUCACAAUUAUUAAAAAAAAUAAAUGUGGUAGGUUCUGUCUGUAUCUGUGGGUAGUUUUGACAGGAGUCCACAGGUUAAUGGGAUGAAGAGAAUGAGAGGAGGAGUGGAAGCCAAGGAAAUAAGUAGGGAUGGAAGAGAGUAAAUUUACACUGUUCAGUGACGCAUGUCUGUUGGCUCAUCAGAGUUUGAAUCAGAGAGAUGAAAUGAGUAACUGGAUGUCCCAGGACUUGGGAGUAAAAUGACGGGACAAUAAGUAAACAAUUGGAAUAAUCUUUUGGGAAAACAGCUUAAGAAUUCUCAUGGAAAGAAGGUUUGUAUUUCUUCCCUGUAGUUUCAGUUGUAUUUGAAAGGCUGUUUUAGGUCCUUUUGGAUAUCAUUGAGUUUGAAUCUGGUCCAAUCGCUUUUCAUGGCUUCAACUUACAUCUCUCUGAAUCACAGUUGGAACUGUUCUCUCUAGAACUGUAGAACUCUCUGGAACUUUAAAGCACCCCAAGGAUCCAAAGCAAUAUCUGUCUUUAGUUUGAGAGACUGGCAGAGGGAAAGUGGGUACGGAGGGAGAGAUAACUGAGGGAGAGAGGACAGAGAGACAGAAUUUUCACACGGGGGGGGAAACAAAAAGACGGAAAGACGGCGGAAGAAGGGGAGUUGAGUGUCAGGUGGGAGACAGCCUUGUACUAAUGUUCCUCACAAUGAUGCACUUACUGGGACUCAUCGACAUCACAGAGACCGGUAAGAGAGAUGGGGAUGGAGGGAGAAAGAGAGGGGGAGAGAGAGGUUGGAUGGAGGGAGAUGGAGACAGAAAGAAAGUGUCAGAGAGAGUGGGACUAACUGCAUUUAUAAAGAUUGUCUGUUCCUCUCCUCUUCUCCCUAGUCAGUGUCUGCGUUCCACAAUUAUUGACUUGACUUGACCAUUUUCUCUGUUUUUCUCUUCUCUUUUCUCACUGUCUCUCUAUACCUCUCUUUAUUCCGUUAACUGUCUUUACAUUUCUCUAUCUCUCUUACUGUCUCUCUCACACACUCUCUCUCUCUCUCUUUCUCUCUCUUUCUCUCUCUCUCUCUCUGUUGUGUGUGUUUAAAGAUGGUGAGUAUGGAAGCAAUAGAAAUCUCUUGGUUUCUAGUAACUCCCCUUUUUUUUGAGCUAUGUCUUGCUUUUCUUUCUCACAGUGUUAGUGCUUUCUCUUACUUUGUUAGAACGAGUAGGACUAAUACGAAUGAAAUAAAAUCAGUCAUAGUCAUGGCUUUCAUUGGAUAUUUCAGAAUGAAGUUCUUUCAAUGCCUUGUUAUUGAAUAUUACGAAUUUGGCACCUGUUCACUCAAAUGUAAUAAGUGAAUACUAACAGAAAACGUAGUUUCUCUGCAAAGAUCACACUUUAAAAGAAAGUACUUUCCUCUCUUUUUGAGUCCUCUUUUUGUUUUAAUCUCACUCUUCUUCAAUUUCUUUCUAACUCUUUCUUGAUCUGGCCCCUCUUUCCACCCCUUAAAUUUGUUUUCCCUCUUCCUCUCUUUCCCUGCCUGCCAUGGUCUCCCCAUCCCUCUCGCCCACUGUCCUUCCUCUCUCCCUCUCGUUCCCCUCUCCUUCUCUCUAUCCCCUUCUCUUUUCUCUCUCUCUCUCUCUCCCUCUCUCUCCCUCUUCCUCGCUCUUUCCUCCUACAGACAGUAGUGACAGUGAUUUGGAGCUGUCUAUAGUUCGUCACCAGCCAGAAGGCUUGGACCAGCUGCAGGUUCAGACAAAGUUCACCAAGAAGGAGCUCCAGUCACUAUACAGGGGCUUCAAGAAUGAGUGUCCAAGUGGUUUGGUUGACGAAGAGACGUUCAAGACCAUCUAUUCUCAGUUCUUUCCCCAAGGAGACGCCACCACCUAUGCACAUUUCCUGUUUAAUGCGUUUGAUAUGGACAGAAAUGGCUCCAUUCGUUUUGAGGACUUUGUGAUUGGCCUGUCUGUUCUUCUGAGAGGGUCAGUCACAGAGAAACUCAACUGGGCCUUCAACCUGUAUGACAUCAACAAGGAUGGAUACAUCACUAAAGAGGAGAUGCUGGCUAUUAUGAAGUCCAUCUAUGAUAUGAUGGGCAGGUACACCUACCCAAGUGUACGGGAUGAGGCACCCUCUGAACAUGUGGAUAAGUUCUUCCAGAAAAUGGACAGAAACAGAGAUGGAGUGGUGACCAUUGAGGAGUUCAUUGAGACCUGUCAGAAGGACGAGAACAUCAUGAACUCCAUGCAGCUCUUUGAGAACGUGCUCUAGAGCCCAGCAGAACAUUCUACGUCAUUCUCCCAUCGUCCGAUCCCGUCCUCCUGUCUAUACACAACCCCUGUCCAAUCCCACAACACACACACACGCACGCACACGCACACACACACACACACACACCCACACACACACACACACACACACACACACACACACACACACACACACACACACACACACACACACACACACACACACACACACACACACACACACACACACACACACUCAAUUUAGUGCAUCCUAAUCUAGGAUGGCUAAUCCACAGAUAUGUACAAGCAGCGUUCAUUUACGGCUGCACUAGCCUCAACCUGCCACUGCUUGUGGACUAAAGAGCGCACUAGAGAAAGAAAAGAGGAGAGAAGAGAGCUACUGGGACUUCUUCUACUUUACAGCUUGUCAGCUUCCCAAAGAAAGGAGAAAGAAAGACCAAACUGCUCAACACUGAUGAUCCGAGGAGCUUCUAGAACUCUGCCUUCUCAUUGGACCAUUAAGACAAAUGACUAAUCGAAAGAUGGAGAGAGAAUGUGAGAGUGGCAAUUGUGGAAACUCAUCAGGAUGUUGCUGACCUCCAGACCAGGAUCCUGUAGCUAUAACACAUAAGUACAGUAGCCGCCGCACUUACACAUGCUAUAUGGGGAUGCACUGACACACUUCUUUGAAGAGUGUUUAAGAGAGUUGAUGUAGCGUACAGCAAGCUGGAUUGAUCCUGGGCAAGGACACCAGCACCAAACACCACAGAGACACUAAAAAGAAAAGAUCUGAAGCAUGCGCUUGCACUAAGAAUCAUUCAUAUUCUGCAAUAUGCACCAGAAGAGAAUGCAUUGUAAAUGUAGAUAGUCACAGUAGACCACUUCAGAAAACUCAGUGUGUAUGUAGAUAUGUAUAGACAGUAAUAUAUAAUAAUAACAUAGAUACAGUUAGGCGUUGUGCUCUCAUCUGUACUGCUCUAUUGGUAGUAAGUAGUAGGUGGGGUUAGGGUUAGGUUUAGGGUAAAGGUUAAGGAGAAACAAAAUCUGUGGGGAAGUUGUCUUAACUUAACUGUCCCGUGUGGCUCAGUUGGUAGAGCAUGGCGCUUGCAACGCCAGGGUUGUGGGUUCAUUCCCCACGGGGGGACCAGGAUGAAUAUGUAUGAACUUUCCAAUUUGUAAGUCGCUCUGGAUAAGAGUGUCUGCUAAAUUACUUAAAUGUAAAUGUUAACACUUACAGAAUACUAAUUGAUGGAAUUGUAGCCUUACAUGUUUAGUAUUAGUAAUUUUGGAACAUUUGAUCGUACAGGUAUUUUGUUUCAUUUCAAGUCAGUUCUGGAGUUUUGAGUUACCCCUACGGGCGGUGGGCUCUAACCCUACUGGUUGCGUCUGGCCAUAGUUCUGGGUGACACAGGGAGGGUCACUGGUUCUGUUCUGUCACCAACGGACCAGCGAGUCAUCAACGGAUAAGCAUGAGAUGUGCAGUAUGUCAGUGCCUCCUUAUAAUGUGUGCAACAACAAGACAGAUAUACUAAGAUGUAUAUGUGUUAUAAACUAAAGCCAUCCUCAGAUGAAUACAGAGUAUACAGCUAUGGCUUGA